AUGCUUUGCUCUUAUAAGUAUUGUGGAUUGUCUAAUAAAGCCUAAUCUGAUGGUGUUAUUUCAUGUCCUUUGUGCUAUUAGAUUAGGUAUUGCUCAUAAAGAUGUAAGGAUCUUGAUUGGUAUCAAAUGUUGUUAAUUUUAGGACAAUAUCUCAUAAAUUAAAUUGCAAGGGAAAAUAAUAGAGAUAAACAGAUAUAAAUGAUACUCAAUCUACUCUCAAAUCUAUUGGCAAGAAUAUUGACGAUUUUGAAAUUAUAGUUAAAGAUGGGAAGUCUGAAUUAGGAAAAGGCAGUUAUGGUUAAGUCAAGCUAGUAAAGGAUCGUUAAAAUGGAUAAUUGUAUGCCAUGAAAAUAGUAAUUAGUUACCAUAUAUAAAUAGUUAAACAAAAAGAGAAUAUUUGAGUUUUGGUCAAUAGAAAACCUAAAAAGAGAAAUUAAAAUUCAAAGAAGAUUAGCUCAUCCACACAUUGUUAGAUUAUAUCAUUAUUUUGAAGAUAAAGAAAAUGUCUAUUUGAUUUUGGAAUUGGCAGAUAAUGGGAGUUUAUUUUAAUAUAUAAGAAAAAGAAAAAGAUUACCAGAAAAAGAAGCCUUUGUCUAUUUUUUUUAAACUUGUUUAGGAAUUGAAUAUCUACAUAAAAAGAAUAUUCUCCAUAGAGACUUAAAGCCUGAAAAUCUAUUGUUGGAUAAACAAGGAAACAUAAAAGUAUGUGAUUUUGGUUGGUCAGCUGAAGCCAAUUAAUCCACUAAAAGAACAACUUUCUGCGGUACUGUAGAUUAUAUGGCUCCAGAAAUGAUACUUAAUAAACCCUAUGAUUUUAAAUUAGAUAUUUGGUGUUUAGGAAUUUUAUUGUAUGAAUUAGUUCAUGGAUAUGCUCCUUUUAAAGGAAAAUCCAAUCAAGAAAUAACCUAAAAUAUAGUAAAUUUGUCAACGAUAGAGUUUAAUCAAAGUUGUUCUUUCGAACUUAAAGAUCUCAUUUGCAAUAUCCUUAAAUUUAAUCCAGAAAACAGACUUUCUUUAUUGCAGAUAUUUGAACAUCCCUUUAUGAAGAGAAACUACGAAAUUUAUAGAAUAGAUUUAAACCAAUAUCUUAAUAAGGAGGAAAAAAUUGAUAAUAGAUCUUUAUCUCCAGUUUAGGAAUAAAUAAAAACAAGGUAUUAUUAUAAUUUAUAAGAAAAUAGAAAUUUUGUAUUGCCUUAACACAGCUCGUCUCAUGAAUUGAAUCAUCCUCCAAUAUAGCAAACAUUUUCGAUUACAUAAAAAAAUUCUUUAGUCCUGAAUUACAAAGUUACUAAUUAACCAACUACUGGAACAUCUACGUCGAUAUCAACUGUAUCAAUAUUAUUUACUUUAGUAUUCUCAAGAAGAUGAAAUAAAGGCCAGAGUGAGUAGGGUUUCAUAAAGACAACAACAAGCUUAAUAAUAAAGAGAAAUUGGUUAGAUGAGAUAAUCCAAUAGUGAUAUCGGUUUUAUGGAUAGAGUAUUCUAAGCUUUAGGAUGUUUAAAUAGAGACAAAUAGCAAUAAAAUCAAUAAUUUUGA